CUUUUUCAGUCUGUAUUAUGCUUCUCAGUUAAUUUAGCACGUUCUGCUUUACCCAUGGGAACCAGCUUAUCUCUCCGCUUGAUAAACUGUUUAACUCAAAGUCUCUUGAUCUGUGGAAUGUCUCCCGUUUUUGGACUUUUCUUAAUCAUGGCAACAGCAGCACAUGGUUCUGCGGGUUCAGACAGUGACAUUAUAAGACAUUAUGUAGCUCUGGGACGACCUGCAUUUAUACAGCUGAUAAAUGGAACCAGUGGCUAUGAGCUAACGCUCAGAAAGGAUGGAAUUGUGAUUUUAAGGUUUAGAAAGAACAACAUUAAUUUUCAAGAAAAUUGGGGAUCUCAGUUUAAUUUUGAUAUGAAUGGCACCUUGAUGAUCACCAAAGCAGAAAGAAAUCUUUCUGGCAUUUAUACUUUGGAAAUAUAUGACUCAGACGGAAAAGCUUUACGAACUGAAACAUUCCACUUGAUCGUUAAAGGUGCUCAUGCGAUGGAGAUUCUUUUUGCUACACUGGGAACAGUGGUCUUACUCCUCAUAUUGACAGUGGGGGUUUACAGUUACUGCAGGAAGAGACCCCAUGUGCAGGCAGAAGAGAGUAAACCUGGCACUGAAGAAAUGACAUACGCUGAGGUCACAUUCAACAAGAAUAAGAGCAGGAGAGAGAAGAGGGCUGAACCGGAGGUGGUGUAUGGGGAGGUCAGGAUAUAAUCUAAGCGGCAACUUCGGCACAAAAAGGACAUUAUGUAUGUAAAAGUUUAUAUGCAAAGUGUAGUAUUAGGGAUAUAGUCUCCAAGAACAAAAUCUGUGCCAUGUGAGAAAAUGGAAUAAUUUUUGUUUGUCUUUGUUUCCCAAUUUUUAUUAAAAAAACAAAUUUUAUUCCAUUUUCCAGGGAAGGUUUUGCAAUUUUAUACUAAUUACUUGAUUUGAUGUGAUUUUCGCAUCUGAGAUUACUUAUCAGGUUAAUUAAACAACCGUACUUUAUUAACUGCUCUCCUUAAUUUUCGCCCUGUUUUUCUGAAAUGGCCAGUUAAUCCCAGCUCAGGACUCCCCCCACCAAAGUAAAACGCCCCCCCCGACCUGAGCAGGCUGACGGCCACAGCACGCCGACCCUGUAAUAUGUCCUGUCAGCCGCAUGUCCUGCUCUGACAGCUAAAGGUACAAUGACCCACGUAACACACUUGGUGGAAAGCGCUACUGGCUGGACUCACUGCCCUGUGGCUGCCGGUGCUCUCUGGGCUCCUACUGGCCGCUGAUGUGGGCUGGGGGAGAUCAAACUGGGAUCCCGGCUGUAGGAGGCCCCCUACUGGUGAGAGGCAGAGUAACGUGGCCGGCUGAGCCGCCCAGUGCCGGUGC